AGAUUAGCUGUGGCAACUCGUCAUUGAACUGCUCAGAAACCACCCUGUAACAUCCACCAACACGCGGAGAAGGAGAAGGAGAAGGAGGAGGAGAGAUUCGGAACCUCGAUUCCAUCCAAGCGCGAGCGGGAGGAAGAGAUCGGAGGAGAUGGCGGCAGGUUCUGGCCGAAGGUUCGCCGCCGCCGGCGAUGCUCCGGCGAGGCGGUGCAACCUGGAGCGGUUCCUCGAGGCCACCACGCCCGUGGUUGCGUCCAGCUGCUCCUCCAAGGAGACCGUGAAUGGUUGGGGGCAAUCAGAUGCAGAUGAAUCGUUGCCAUUCUUCACUCUGAGCGACCUCUGGGACUCAUUCAAGGAGUGCAGCGCCUACGGCACUGCUGUACCCCUUGUUCUCAACAGUUGCAGUGAUGGCGUUGUUCAGUACUACGUCCCUUACUUAUCUGCAAUCCAGCUUUAUGGCGGAUUCAGGAGGCACAUCGGCCCUUUGAGGACGGGUGCAGAGGAGAGCGACAGCGACGUGGAGCGCGAGACGAGCUCCAGCACCAACACGUUGUCAGCCCAGGAGGCGAGCAGCAGCAGCGGCAGCAGCGAAGCUUCUUCCAGCGACGAAGGCGAGCCGGGAAGCUGGUGCCAGGAGCGGCUCCUCUUCGAGUUCCUCGAAUCCGAGCCCCCCUACCAUCGUGAGCCGCUGGCUGAUAAGAUUUGUAGCCUCGCCCAGCGGUUCCCAGAGCUCAACACUCUCAGGAGCUGCGAUCUGUCGCCGACAAGCUGGAUCUCCGUUGCAUGGUACCCGAUCUACCGGAUCCCGACGGGGCCAACGCUGCGGGACCUGGACGCCUGCUUCCUCACCUACCACUCCCUGUCCACGCAGUUCGCCGCAGGUGUGGGCAACAACAGCGGCAGCCCCAAGCCGACGGCGGCGGCGCCCGUGACGGCGAUGUGGCUCCCGACGUUCGCGAUGGCGUCGUACAAGGUGAAGGCGGCGGCGUGGACUCCCGGCUGGCGCGACCGGCAGAUGGCCGCGUCGCUCGCGCAGGCCGCCGACGCCUGGCUCAGGCUCCUGCGCGCCGACCACCCCGACCACCGCUUCUUCGCCGCCCGCCGCGCUCCCGCCAGGAGAUGGUGAUCGUUCUCAGUGUAGAUAGAGUGUUGGCAUGUGAGAUCGACUGUUUGUUUAGUCACAUGCGCAACUGUUACCAUGCAACUUUUGCUCUCUCUCUUUGGCAAGUCUGUCCUAAAAAAAAGUCUGAGGUAGUUAGGGUUCGCUAGCGGGACCGGAGUCACAAAGUGUGUUCAUCCUGUCGUUUUUUCAAUGUUUUUUCUUUUGUUGUAUCCGUAAGUUGUCGGGAAAAAAGUGUAUCAGAAAACGUAUAAUAGGUGUAGAGAAAUACAGUAUCAUUAUGUCCGUUAUAGAGUUCAUUUGAAAGUUUA